AUGACCGCUUCAGAUACCAACGCUAUUAAUAUACUAGAUCUACCAGACGAAAUGUUACAUGCCAUUUUCAAUAAACUGAAUAUGACCGAUAUGCUCUAUUCAUUGGUAGGUGUACAUCAGCGAUUUGAUCGACUAGUACUCGAUCCUCUUUUAAUUAAUCAUCUCGUUUUUGUCACUAAACAAUCCGAUAUUCAUAAUUCUUGGGUAAAUAUGCAUGUUCUCGAUAGAAUUCGUGAAGAAAUCUUACCUCGAAUUAAUGAGAUAGUAAACAAACUAACUGUUGAUACAUUUUCUAUGAAACAUGUUUUUGGUGCUAUUCAUUAUCCUCAACUAUAUUCACUAGCAUUCGUUAAUUAUCAAUCAGAUAUAUUCGUAAGACAUUUAUCAGAUAAUACCUUACUUCGUCAUCUUGAACAAAUUACACAUCUUACAGUCGAUAUUUAUUCUGAAAAAGCAGGAUCAUUCGAUGGAAAUGACCCAUGUAUAUUUGAAUUGGUACUACUUUGUUGUAAACGUUUAAUUGAUUUGACUUUUUUUCACAAGUCCUCAAGAACAUAUCUACCAAUUUUACCAUUAAACAUUCCAUUUACAAGUUAUAUAAUUUCAAAACUCACGAAAUUGACAAUAAAUCUCAAUAGUUUCGAUGAUUGUCUCUAUCUUCUUAAUGCAUGCAUUGAAUCUUUAUCUACAUUAAUCAUCCGUAUCAAGAGAAUUCUUCGUUCAUCAUCAGAGAUAGAUAAUAAAAAACAACUGGUCAAAUUGAAAUGUUUCUCAUUAACAACAGACUGGUAUACAUAUUAUUAUGAUAAACAAGUUGUUCCAUUACUUCGUCGAAUGUUAAAUCUUGAAGAAUUAAUGCUGCAUCUUUCAGUAAUAAGAACUGGGUCAGCUUAUAUCGAUGGUAAUCAAUUAUACGAUGAAGUUCUCAAAUAUAUGCCACGAUUAAAUAAAUUUAUCUUCCAUAUACAUACUCACCUUAAUAAUUAUUUUAUUCGAACUAAUGUUCCAUCGAAUGAUGACAUUCGGAAUAGUUUUAUUAAAAGGGAAUUUCAAUCAGUUAAUAUAUGUGCCGAUGAGAAACUCACAUAUGGUAUGGGCAACUGUCACAUUUAUUCUCUUCCAUAUUAUUUCGAAGAUUUUUUGUUUAUGAGUAGCUGUUUUCAAGGUGGUAGAUUCAAUAAAGUUCGAAUGGUAUUAUUACUUGAUAGACUUCCAUUUGAACACAAAUUAUUUAAAAUCAUCUCUCAAGGCUUUCCUUUUCUGCAAAAAUUAACCAUAGUAAAUUAUGAACCACAAACAAAUGAGCAACAGCAUUUGUCUACAUUAAUUACAUUUAAGCAUUUGUUUGAACUCAAUAUUCGGGAAGUACAUACUGACUAUGUUAUACAGCUUCUUUCUGACAGAAAAACGCGUUUACCUCGUUUAACGAAUCUCGUCAUUGAAUACAAAAAAUUAGUAGUUGUGACAAAUAAUUUUACCAAUGAUAUGACACGUCUCAAUUGUGCUAAAAUAAAAUCUCUAAUUACACAUAAAACAUUUGUUCGCUCACAAAACUUUAAUUCAUAUUUUCCAUGUUUAUAA